GCUGCAGUUCUCAACGCCUCUAUAUUUGGGACUUUCGUGCGACGAUGCAGCGAACGGCUGUACGAGGCGUGGGAAAUUAUUCCCGGCUCCCUGUCGGCCAGCAGCGACAGCAGACAUCGUAUUCCGUGUCGCAGCACCGGUCCACCUCUGUGUUGGGUUCGCUGAUACGCAUGCGCAGCCAAUUCCAGCGACUGCGCAGCUCGCAACAACAGCAGGUGAUCGCUGCGGUGCUGGAACGAAAUCGCAAAGCCCGCUAUCUCGGCUCAAAAGACACUCCUCUCUCAUUAUUGAGUUCGAGCGAGGGUGACGCCGGCGUUGCUGCAGACGAGGAGCAAGGCUCCAGCUCAAGGAACGUCAGCACAACAAUACACGCGGGCUUUCUGCUCUGCGUCGAAGCGCAACGACUCCUCAAGGGUGAGGGGCAGUCAAAAACGCCGCUCUCCGAUGUCGCGGUGAGCUCGCCGUUGUACGCUGCGGAGGCGGGCAAGUUGCUUUCCACUGCUGCCGCCUUUGGCGCUUCUACCACCUUCCCCCGUGUGCAGGAGGUCUGUGCGUGGAUCCGUGCCCACACGGAUUCCUUACGAACUCCACGGCAAAUCAUGUCGCUCUGCAUGCCACUCGUUAACUUGGCGGACGGCGCGACUGCUGGUGUGUCAUUUGUUCUGGAGGUGCUGUAUGAGCCCUUGCUGCUGGCACUGCAGGAGGACGGUAGCGGUGCCGCGACGCAGGCGGAGGGGCCUUCUCCGUCGUUGUCGUCGCAGCGGAUGUCCUCGGGUGAGGACAUCACCGGUAGUGGUGCAAAUGUGGAAGCGCAGCUCGUGGCCAUAACCUCAGCGUUUGGCAUGGUGGCGAAGUGGUCAACUGCGUUCCUUGCGCGCGAGGCAGACACCUCCAAUGGCAACAGUUCAACCAAAACGACGGACGCCGCUGCUGCUGCUCUCUGUAAGGCCGAAGAGCGAAUGAAGAUGCGGCGGAUUGCGGAGUCGAGUGUGGCCGCCCUCGCACGGCACACCAGCGAGUGCGCCGGCGACGGCGGCAGCGACAGGUCGCACGACAUCGUCUACGCCACGCUUCAGCAGCUCUCGGUGGGCGACGUCGUGCUCUGGCUGCAGUGCCUGCACGGUGUGGAGAAGACGUACUUCUUGACGACCAUACCGAUGGCAGCGGAGAACGAAAAAUGUGAAGCCAUGCAACGCCUUUUGCUGUGCUACCGCGUGCUGCUACCUUUGAUGCGGCACGUACUGGAGACAACGGGAACGACUGCACCGGCAGGAGCCGCAACCCCAGCCGCCGGGGGAAGCUUCGCGGAUGGUAGAUCCGUGGCCAGCGCCGCCACCACGACGGCCUCCGUAGCUCUCCGUGUGCAGGACUUGACCGAUCUCGUGCAGACGGGGCUGUACUCUAGUAUCGAGUCGGAGCACCAGGAGCUGGCUCUUCAGCAUGGGUUACAGGCACUGCCUAGGGCGUUGAGUGCAGCAACGAGCAGAGAAGCGUGCCUCGUGACGCAGGUGGUGAACAGGGUGCGGCUGCAGCGACCCGCCGCACUUUCUGCUGCCCUGUUGCGCGCGGUGCUCGCUGCGCUGCGGCCGCGUCUCUUUAUUCUACGCGAGUCGCAGGCAUACCACCUCCGUCCGCAGGACUGCAGUGUGCUGUUGUCGCAGCUCUCACGGUGGGAGGAGGUGCCUGGUGUGACGGUGAGCGCCGACAUUGUGGAGCUGCUGUCUCAGCGCUUUGGCGAGCAGAUGCCGAUGGUACAAGGAGCCCAAUUGGUGCCUUUUGUGCAGGCACUAGCACGCUUCGAGGAGAGACACCGGCGCGCAGAUCGGCAUGAGGAAGAUGCGGCGACGGAGACGGUCAGAAGGGAUGACGGAACAGCAUCUGGCGGCGUGGGUGCGCGGAAAGGGCGCGACAUAAACGCCCCCAUCUCCACAGCCGGAGCUGUAGCAUCAGCGCGCCACUGUCGCCGUGCGAAGACAGUGCGGUACUUUUACUCCAGCACGGCGCGGGUCGUGGCCCAGUGUGCGCAGCGCGCUGCCGUGCUCGCAUCGGAAGAGGCGUUGAGCAACGGUAGUAGGGGUGGAAGCGGCGCACCUCCCGCAGACCAACUGUCAGCAACAACGGAUGCUACGAAGGAAGGCGGAGCGCCGCGGCUGUCUCCCACGGAAGCGGCGCAGUUGAUCAGCGCCUUUGUGCAGCUGUCCUCUCCCCAGGUGGAGUUUGUAUUUACACAGGUAGAGCCACUGCUGACAAAAGGUGCAGUCACGCAUAGCUCCGCAACCGGCGUCUCUUCCGCUUCUUCCCCUUCAAGUGCUGCUGCUGCUGCUGCUGCUGCGGAGCUGUACGCACGUGUGACGCUGCAGGAGUCUGUCAUUCGCUUUAUUGAGUUUAUGACGCAACUACACCCUCGCGAGGCACACACGAGCUCUGCCGCGCAGCGAGCGAAGGUGUUGUUGGUCAAAAUGGAUCGCACGCUUGCCACCGUCGUUCGUCAAGCGGCGCGACCCAAGGAUCUGGUCUUGGCUUCGUCACUCGUGCGCCACAAACUUCUCGAUCAUCGCCCUAUCGAGGUAGACGGUGACGCGGAGGAUGCCGAUGCGAAGUUGAGCCGCUCUCAUGGCGACAAAAAGAUAGCGACGUCGUGGCGCCGCGCGGAUGUGCGCUUGGCGACCUGCGUUGCGAAGCAGGUGUGCGUUGUUGCUGCGCAGUGCAACGGGUUCGAGGUCGGUGCGCUGACGGUUGCUAUCGGCGCUUUGGCGGCGGCUGGCGUUCUGCCGGCACCGAUGACACGGCAGGCGAUGGAGGCGUUGUGGACGAGGUGCGUUGAGGGGCUGGAAGCCGCAGCGUCCACCCAGAACGACCCGGCGGCGACGACGACAGCGCCACACCCGACUGGGACGCCCGUCACGCUCACACUGGACGACUGUAAGAAACUGAUGGAUGGGGUGCGAAUGACCUUUUCGGCCCUGCCGCCGUGUGUGCAGACGACGAUUCCGCCUCUUGUGUUUCUGGACACCUUCACGAUGUUGUGCGCCGAUCUCUCCACGAACAUGACGGCGAGAGAUGCUGCAACCGCAGACGGGGCCGGUGACCUUGUCCGCGGCACGUCUCGCUCCUAUGCGAAUGCUCUUGCCGAUCUGCGGCGCUACACAACUCUGGGGCGUUCUAUCUUCUCGUUUUUUGCCGCAUGCUCCUCUUCUUUCUCUUCUGCUGAAAGCGACACGGUGACUCCAACGCGUGCGCAGCAGUGGAAGAUGCGUCCAGAGGCGUGUCGCACUGCCGUCGAGGCUUAUCUAAAGGUGGUGCGUGUGGUGAUGGAAAGCUACGCGACGGAGGCGUCACUCUCCGCGUCGUGGUGGGCCGAGGCGCCGACAGGCAGCAGCAACAACGUGCGCCGACCUCCCGCCGUACCGCUCGAGUUGUUGAGCAUGACAGCACGUGUGGUCACUCAGCUGCAACGAUUUGUCCAUCUGCGCGACGGCGCACCGAAGCAGAGGACAGGCAGUGCGGAAGUCGACGCAGUAGAGGACCGGAACCCGCUGGUAGGUGGUGAGGUGGAGGAGCUGAACAUGGCGGCAGCGGAUGAACCCACCAGCGGUGCCGUCGCACUAAACAACGACGAGGCAGGUGAUGAUGAGGACAGCGACGGAUUGACUUCUGACGCGCAGAUGUCGCUCUCCACCAUCGAUGCGGUGGUGUCGGACGUGCUCGGCGUGCUAGGGGACACCAUUGCUCUUUUGGCUAGACAACAGCAGCAGCAGUCAAACUCUGAUGCUUCGUCGGCCGCAGAGGAGAACGAUGAAUCGAAUGUGGUUGAUGCAAACAGGGCGACAAUGAACCCGAAGCACCUCCUCAUGCUCCUUCAAGCCUACGAGACGGCGCGAUAUCGGCAUCCUGAGAUGUUGUACGGCAUUUUACCCGAACUCCGAAGCAGCGCCAAUCAGCUGGACCCGCUGGAGCUAUCGCUGCUGGUUCGGGCACUGACGCGUCUUGGCGCGUGGAACAGUCGCCUUCUGCGGGUGCUCGCCACGGCGGUGGAGGCGAAGAUACAGACCUGUGAGCUUCGUCAGUGCCACACCCUCCUGCAAGGUCUUUGCCGCUCCGGCUGCGUGAGUCCGAACACCUUUGUCGAAGUUCGAGGGGCCAUGUACGAGGAUUGGUCUCGCGCCGGCACCCGACGCGGCGGCGCCCCGCAGGAACCGCUGCAGCGACUCGCGGAAAGUGUGCUGUGGCGUCUCGAUGCCCUGGUGUGCACACGCGACGCAUUCGUUAGCCUCGCCCACACCGCUGAGUUAUCCGAUUUGGUGAGCGUGGUGACGGCCCUGCGCUUCUUCCACAUGCCGCCGCCGCCAACGUACGAUGCGUUUGUGGUUCUUGCGGUUCGUAAGCUCGUUUCAGUUAGUGAGAGACGGCCUGCGCGGAAGUUGGUGCAGCACUGCGUUGCCAUCCUCAGUGCCAUUUCGGAUCUUCGUCAGCCGGCGCAGCAGCGCGUUUCUGCAAGUGCGGUGUGGACGGUGGUGCGUCGAGUGUUGGACUCCGGCGAUCGACCGUCUUCUUCUUCCGCUGGUGUCGCAGACGACGCGUCCUCGCUGCCUGCGUGCUGGCAGCUGUGGCGAUUGGCCUCUCUGCAGUCCCUCCAGUAUGGAAGGGAAGCCACAGGAGUGUUGUUCGAGGUGUCACCCCAAGCGGCACCGGAGCGGCGUGCAAUGCUCUUCUCUCGUAUCCGGGAACGGCUAAAAAAGGUCGUCGAGGCGUAUGCCUGGGGUCCUGACCCCCAACGUGACCACCCGACGCAAGAUGUCGGAGGUUCUGCCCAGAACGCCGGGGACGGUCGCUGUGGUUGGCCGGUUCUUUCCCCUUCCGGACAGGUGGCGCUCCAUCGACAUGGAUUACACGCGGCGCCGUCGCUGCUACGCAGUGAUCGCGAUCUAGCCGAGCAGCUCUGCUUUCCGUUCCAACUUGCUCUUCACGUCAUCAGGCAGCAGGAUGACCUUUCUAUCCUCGUGAGAACACCGCUUUUUACGGCUCCCGCAGCGCAGGCGAAAAGGUUUGUGCGGCUUGCGGCUUGUCUGUUACGCGCAGACUUGUGGGACAGCAGCUCUAUCAGCGCUGAAUCUCAAUUGUUGUUGAUCUCGGCACUCCAGCUACUGUGGAGGCACGCUGACUUGCAUGGCCUGCUGUGCACCUCUCCAGAGGCUUUCUCAACAGAGGAGCUGGUGGUGCUGGCCGCGGCAGCUGCGCAUCUCCAGCAGGCCGGUAUUGUUGCAGCCAAAGACGAUGCGCAAGUGUACGGUGACGACUGUACCGCCGCCUUACGCCAACUAAGUGAUGCCAAGACUGAAUGGCGUCUUGCCGCUGCCGUCGAUGCGUGGACGUUGUUUACGCGCUUGACUGCGGCGCCAGCGAACCCGCAGUUGCGCUCUGCUGACCUCAGCGCCGCAGCGGGAUUGUUUGCUGUGCUUGCGAGGAGCGGCGAUAUUAUUGUGGCUGCCUUUUUGGAACUGCAAAGAGCAUCGUCCUCGGCGACUCGUACACGCGCGCUUCAUGAACUGUUGCGCCUGUUUCAAAUCUCCGGCGGCACCGACAUCUCGUGCUUCAUCAGGACCGAAGACGCUGUUGUAGCGCCCCAGUUGCUCUCCAGUGAGCCGUCCGACAGCCCGGUCGAACUCGAUGCCGAGAGGCGGUUUAGGCAACAGUACGCGGAGGUGCAGACUUGUAUUGAAUCACUUCUUGGAACUUCGUCACCAAAUUGA